CUCACGAGAACUGCAGCCGCAGCCGUGCCUCGUCUGGCGUUGCUGCGGAAGGGACUUCCGGUGCGGAGGUGCGAGGUGGGAGCCGGGUGCCCGGAGCCCGAAGCCCGUCACGGAGGCAGCUGCCGGAGGCUUUCCGACGAUGCGAUGCUGCUGAGCGGAGGACCCGUGGAUGGGGCCGUGGGCGGGCCGAAGUCGCAGGCCGGGGUGAGCCUCCCGAUGUCCGCUGAGCUCGCGGCGAAGUGAGGCGGAACCGUAAGAUGUGAAGAUGGAAGGGAUCCUGUACAAGUGGACCAACUACCUGACGGGUUGGCAGCCUCGUUGGUUCGUUCUAGAUAAUGGAAUACUUUCUUAUUAUGAUUCCCAGGAUGAUGUUAACAAAGGUAGCAAAGGGAGUAUCAAAAUGGCUGUUUGUGAAAUUAAAGUGCAUCCAACAGAUAACACAAGAAUGGAACUGAUUAUUCCUGGAGAACAACAUUUCUAUGUGAAAUCCGUCAACGCUGCUGAACGGCAGAGGUGGUUGGUGGCUCUAGGGAGUUCAAAGGCAUGUCUUGCAGAUACGAGGACUAAAAAAGAAAAAGAAAUCAGUGAAACUAAUGAAUCUCUCAAAACGAAGAUGUCAGAGCUUCGGUUGUAUUGUGACUUACUAAUGCAGCAAGUUCAUACGAUACAAGAGUCUGUUAAACAAGGUCAGCCAGGUUUGAUGUCAACGGCUGAGAACAUGAAUGAAGCCUCGUCUUUACUCAGUGCCACAUGUAAUACCUUCAUUACAACUCUCGAAGAGUGCAUGAAAAUAGCCAGUGCCAAGUUUAAGCCUGAAAUGUUCCAGUUUUCUCACUCUGAUCCACUGGUCUCUCCUGUAUCACCUUCACCAGUUCAGAUGGUUCGGAUGAAACGAUCAAUUAGUCAUCCUGGUACUAUACUUUAUGAUGGCAGGAAACUGGACAUGAAUUACCAAAAGGAAACUACAAUUGCAGCAUCACGUCCUGAUGUACACAGGAGAAUACGGACAUAUUCAGAUACUGAAUCGUACAGCGACAGUGCUCUGGAUGAUCCAGAAAAGAUUACUCAAAUUUCUCGCAACUCUUUAUUAACUGCAAAUGGUGAAUUCCCUCCAGUGACCAUUCCGGAAGAAAAUGCUGCAAUCUCAAGGAAUAAAACAGAGACAGAAAGUCAAAUUGUUGCACUUUCAAGUUGAAAAUACAAACUAAAAUGGAUUUAUAAUAUUGCAACAAAGGGACAUGAUUUCCCAAAUAAAUGGCUUUCUCUGCACUUUAUGAUAUUGCAUCAAAUCAGAAAACUUGACAAGCUUACCUAACCUUAUUUCUAUUAUAUAUUUUCUGUAAACUAGGACUGUAUUUUCUACAGUAUCGUGUAAUAAAUCCACAAAGGAUCAGUAAUCACCUGAUUCAAAACUUUGCCAUAAAGAGCAAUGGUGCCAUUAAGAGUUAAUAGUAACUGUGAAGCUUGAGUGAAAAAAUAAGGAUGUAGCAUAGACUGUUGUGACUGUUGGCAGGAGAGAUUUGAGGAGGAGUCAAAUCCCUGGGGCUGUACAAAUUCAUUUUAAGCACCUGUGUAUCCUUAGAAUUAACAUUCUGGAGGAAUCACAGUUAGAUGUUUCUGUUUACACCUUUUAUUUCACUUUGUAGUUUGUACGUGAUGAAUGAAAUCUGUUUAUAUACAUGAGCACUGAAUACUGUUUUAGGAUGAGGGUUGGAUUGUGCUUCAUCUUUUCUAGUAGCAGCCAAUUAGUACUGGUUAUACCAGAACUCGUAUGUGUAGAAACAGUUUCUGAAGCAUAAAGUUAAAACUAUUGUGCUGUGCAUUACCUUUGAAAGAGAAAAGAGUAGAUACCAUUUAUUUCAUUUCUAAAGGCAAUGAAGCAGGUGUAUUUUAUAUCCAAUAAAAAUAGAUUAAUGAAAUAUAAUAGUUCCAGUUACAAAAACUGUAACAGGCAAACUGUAGAAAUAAGAUACUUUUAUAAUGUGAUCAUCUCCAACUGAGGUAAAGAGAAGAGAUUUUCAUUUGAGUUUAGACCUUUUAAUUGUUUAUUUGGCCAAGAUGGAAAACAAAAGUGUUAUUUCCUAGUGGUUUAUAUUUAACAAAAAACUUGUUUUAUUCCCUCAGCCAGCUGUUUUUAGUUUAUUUGCAGAAAUUUAACUGGUUGUGUCAUUCGAGAUUUCAAAGCUAUUGUAUCUCUUUAUCAUUUGUGCCAUAUUUGAGCAGAGAUAAGAAAUAAUGGAAAAGUUAUAAUAUUCUGACAAAAAUGUUAUCUGGAAUUGAAGAUGACCCUAAGAGGAUACUUCGGCCAAUUUUUCUCAAGAAUGUGUAAAUAAUUUGCAUAAUAAUUCAAUACCAAUCAACAGCUAAAUUCUCUAUUCUGAUUUUGUUGGCUUUUAUUUAUAUGUUGGAUAUGCUGCUAAUGUAGUUUACUCUGCACAUCCAUUUCUUCCAAUAUAAGCAAUAUGAUUACAAAGAACGAUUGAAUUAAAUUGCUCUAGCAAAUUUAGUGGAAACAAUGGUAGUGUAUUUAAUUCUUUUUCUGCACAUUAAAAUAAUAGCUUUUCAGUAUUUUAGAUAGGCUCCACUCUCCCACAUUGUUUUACAUGAAAGAAUUAUUUUAAAGUCUUAAUGUGUAUUUUUUUGGCAUGUCAUGAAAGUGUUGUGAGCAGUUUGCAAAAACUACACCAGAUGUUUUAGCACUUCUGGAAUACAGGAUAUCCUUGUCAUGACUCAGUGGUGUGCGGUGUACAGCACUUUAAUCUCCAGAAACCCACGGUUCUAGUCCAGGAGAUGGGCAACUUGGUUCCAUAAACCAGCUGUUAAAGUUUGAAGAGUAUUAAGCAUGUAAAAACUUCAGCUUACUAGUGAGCAAUGAUACAGUCGUGACAAAUGUUAAUAUAAAGUUAUUAACCAGGCCACCAUUUUUUGUAAAUAUUAAAUGCUGUGAAUAUUAAGAGGUUGCAUGCAAAACUUGUAAAAUGGACAGCUUUUUAUCAUCCUGUUCCUUUACAAAACAAUCUGUUCAGGCAUUUAUGCUUAAAAUUCACGACUUUACAGUUUUGCCAAUAAUUGAGUUUUUCCAUUAGAGUUGAAAGACUUCAAAGACUUCAGUUUGUGGUUUACCGAAUCUCAGCUGAAGCACCAAUUUUGAAAUUGGUACCUUGGGUUACAGGAGAGGAAAUCAAGUGAGAAUUUUAAUUACUAACUGUUAUCAACCUUGCCACCCUGUUAGCAUAUGUCUGUGAAGAGAGAAUCAAGCUCUACUGUGUUUUUUAUUUUCCAGUCAACUCCCAUACAUAUAAGAUAUGUGUACGAGAGAGAGAGCGCUGUUAAUGUCAUGGCUUGUAUACAAUUGAAAGGAGUCCUUGGAUAAAUAUAAGAAUUGAACACAGCUCAGCAGCAAGAAUUAAAGCUGCUAGAGAAGGAAGAAAACUGCUGAUUUAUUUGUGUGAUAAAUAUAUAGCACUAAGUUUUAUUAGUGAUGUUUUACACUGUUAAAAUUACAAUGAAAUAAAACUUCACUUUUGGAAUUUUGCUUUUCAGUAAUUAACUAUAAUAGUUUAAAAAAUGCAUUCUCCCACUUAAAGAAAACUUCAUUAAUUGUUUGUAUGUUAGAGUACAUGUUGAAAAUGGUCCUAAUUAGGUAAUAUGUAACCAUUAAUAUUUCAGCAUGAUUGAUUCAUAAUGUUAAUGUAUAAGAUGUGAAUUUUAAUUGCAGUGAAUGUAAACACCUAUGGGAAAGAACCUAUUCUGACUUGUGCUGUCAGGAUAUCCUUUAGGAUUUGCUGGUUCAUUGUGGGAAAUAGAUUUUUCUUUGUGCCAUUUUCUGCUUUUUCUCUAUGAUAACUCAUAUUUAAAAAUAAACUGAAUAUAAAUUGA